AGUAAAGAGGGGUGAAACUAAAAUAUUGUUUAUUUUUUCACUGACGAAGAUUCAAGCUUAAUUUAUAAUCAGAAGAAAUGUUUUUCUGUGUCUGAACAUUAAAAAUAAUGAGGAAUUGAAAAUUUCAAGGUCAAAGUACAUCAACAUGGCGGCUUGGCAAACCAGAAACCCAACAAAGGUCUCGGAAUAAGAUUCCAUCCAACACAUGUACAUUCGAGGACCAUGAAGGAUUACCCCGCAGCUUUUUACGGUCUAAUAUUCACGGGAAUGCCUUAAAUUCGUUAAAAAUGUGCUCAGUGCGCCAGUAUUGAGGCGACGAACGUGAAACGAACGCCGCAAAUGCCUUAUUUCCACCUAUCAGUGGGGUGGGUCAACAAUGUAUACACACAAAAACAUUUCUGUUAGUGGUCAUAUCAAGUUAAAGCCAUCGAAUGCGACACAAGAUCGUGUCGACCAUUUCGAUGGAACUACGUCGGUCUACUGAACGGCGGAGUCGAGAUGAGAAUGAGCAGAGUCCGCUAUGGACUGCCAUCUUUGACUACGAAGCCGCCCGGGAAGAUGAGUUGACGCUGCGCAGAGGCACACAGGUGCAAGUCCUCUCGGUCGACUCCGGUGACGAUGGAUGGUGGAUGGGCAGAGCUGAGGGGAAAGUCGGCAUUUUCCCCAGCAAUUUUGUAGCCAAAGAUUCCCAGCUAAAUGUGGACAAAUUACCGCCUGAUAUAAAGUCCAAAGACCGUCCAUUUGAGAUCGAGUUUGAAGAGCUGAAUCUCGAAGAUGUGAUCGGGGUUGGGGGAUUCGGCAAAGUGUACAGGGGAACAUGGCGUCUAGAAACUGUGGCGAUCAAGGCAGCUCGUCAAGAUCCCGACGAACCGAUCAGUGUGACCAUCGAAAAUGUAAGGAAAGAAGCAAAACUGUUUUGGCUCUUGAGUCAUGUGAACAUUGCAGCCCUGAGGGGCGUGUGCCUGAAGCCGCCCAAUUUAUGUUUGGUUAUGGAGUACGCUGCUGGCGGGUCUCUCAACAGAGUUCUGAACGGACGACGGAUACCACCUCAAAUUUUAGUGAACUGGGCUUUGCAGAUUGCGCAAGGAAUGCAUUACCUGCACGAACAGGCGCCCCUGACACUUGUUCAUCGGGAUCUCAAGUCCAGCAACAUUUUGUUGAAGGAGUCUGUGGACAGUGGAGAUCUCGACAACAAAACCCUCAAAAUCACUGACUUUGGGCUGGCCAGAGAGGUUGAACAAACGACACGCAUGAGUGCAGCAGGAACGUACGCCUGGAUGGCUCCGGAAGUCAUCAAGUCCUCUCGGUUUUCCAAGAAGAGUGAUGUGUGGAGUUACGGAGUUGUGUUGUGGGAGCUUCUCACGGGAGAGACGCCGUACAAGGGAAUUGAUGCCCUCGGUGUGGCAUACGGUGUGGCUGUGAACAAACUGACCCUUCCGAUACCCUCAACCUGUCCUGGAAUGUUUUCACAACUCAUGACAGAUUGUUGGUAUCAGGAGGCCCAUGAAAGACCCACCUUCUUGGAGAUUUUGAAGCGAUUGGAGGAGAUAUCAACCUCUCCUUUUGUGACCACACCCCAUGAUUCUUUCCACACUAUGCAAGAAGACUGGAGGCUGGAGAUUGAACAAAUGUUUGAUGAGCUUCGGAGCAGGGAGAAGGAGCUGAGGUGUCGGGAAGAGGAGCUCACAAAGGCAGAAUUGCAACAAAAAAUACAGGAAGACGCUUUGAAGAAGAGGGAGCAAGAUCUGGCAGCUCGGGAAAUUGAGCUGUUGGAAAGAGAAUUAAACAUUUUAAUUUUACAGCAAGUUAUGCACAAGCCUACUCCAAAGAAAAGAAAAAGCCGCAAAAGUAGAUUAAAAGCUCUCAAAUAUGGCGGCAAGAAAAUAAGUGAACCUUCUGAUUUUCGACAUAAUAUCACUGUCCAGAAGGAAGACUCUGCGAUGUACGACAAGCGGAGUUAUGGAGCGCCGACCAGCCCAGACAGUCCUCCGGCCACCCCGACCCACGCCCCUCCACCGCCGCGAUUUAGGGCUAUUGCAUAUCCUCCUGUUGAUGGCAGAAAAGGGAAGACUUGGGGCCCGAGCUCUGUACAAAAGGACAGACAUCAGAGGUCUUCCAUCAUCUUCGCUGACGGACGCUGGUCCAAGAGUGCCCCGAAUCUGGAGAAGUCUCUACGCCAACUGGGUGGUGGGCAUUCCAACAUGGGCGCUGUCAGCCAUCUAUAUGACUUGGAGGACACCCUCCCAGGUGACAUAGAUGACAUUUCUGCCAAAUCUCGAAGCAUUCCACACACACCCGCGGCCUCUCCGUCAAGCCCGUUUGUGAAAGGCAAGAAGACGGACAGUUCUCUGUACCACAUGUCCACUAUACUGGCGGCUGUGGCCAUGGGCUUUGACAUCGGCAUCUCCAACACCCGAGCUAUCCACCCCAACCUGCACUCCCCGGGGAAUGAGGAAGAGCGGGGUAUGAAGAAGAGAGACUCGUACAUUAACAACCGGCGAGACGCGUAUCUCGCGGCCGUCAGGGAUGCGUUUAUAGAGCCCGAGGGAGACUUCAGGUCCUAUCCGGCGCCCCCUGCUGGCUACUGGCACACCUACCACGGCGUGCAGGCCCGACAGAGGCCCAGCUUAAACGUGGACCUUGACUCUUCCUCUCCAGCAUUUAUAGACAAUGAGUUUGGUGCUCAGUUGGCCGGUGCCGGCUACAACAACUACAAUGCUCGCACAACUUCGCACCGCUCCUCCUACGCGGACAGCGAAGCCUCGGGUGUGUCCAGCACGACCCCGACAACUGAACGAACUGUGAUCUAUAAUCGUCAACUUUCCUCUGAGAGCAACCUGGAUGGCCCGGCAAAGCCUCCGGCAGCGACAGAGAGCGGUGCUAGCAAGCCACAGAGACGGUCCGUCACCUUUGAGGAUGACUUUAACCCACCGGACUACAGCAAAACAAACAGCAGCAACAUGUACAACACUCAUCGGAGGACGCCUUCAAAUACCUCAAACUCUUCCACAAGCUUCGAUCAACAAGACUCACGGUACGCCUUCAGCACAGACUACGUGCGUUCCCCUCCUCUUGAAUUCAACUCCUCAUCAGCAACAUCAUCUCAACAGCAACAACCGGUGCCCCCCCGCAGACGACCCGGCUCAGAGCCCGCUCAGAGACCCACCACGCUGGACAUUGGCGGAGGCUCAGCGCGGGCCUCUCCCAUACAACUCAAGUACCCGUCUUCCCCGGGCCACGGACUCAGCAGAGACCCCUCUCGGCCCCGGGGCUCCAUGGGUGGUGAAGACCAAACCCCUUACUACUCAAGCCGGUCCCAUCUGUCCCCGGGGAAUACGCCCCCUCAUAUAGCCCAUCAGAAAACUUUAUUGGACAUCGACGUGGAAGGGCAGAAUCAGGAUGCAACUCGACCUUUGGUGCACCAUGACUCGGAUUCCAAGUUCUCUUUUUCAGAAUUAGAAAAGGAAUUUCUUAGCUAAAUUCAAUGUGGGUGGUAUUCUAAUUUUUGGUUCCAAAUCUAGCCCAGGCUCAGAAUCUUCAUUACAGUAAGUAUUCAAGAGAAAUUGAUUGAGUUUUAAUGGUAGAUGCAGUCGAAAUGAUGUGCUUCUCUUUUUUGUAAACGUGAGCCUACCUUAGUUAGAGACUUUUUGGGGGUUUUUUUGCAUGAAGGUCAGGGCGGGGGUUAUUGCAAACAAACCCAUCUUUUCUUGUAGGGACUCUUAUUUUAAAGCACUUUGUGAUGUAAUGUUUUGGUAAAUUUUCCUUCUUGCACCAGUGGCAUUACAGUGGCCAGGUUGGAGGGUUUUAGAAAAAACACUUUGAACUUUAGCACUGGAAGAGCUGUGUAACUUCCCCUGUCUUCAAAAGAUCACUACAAUCCACAAAGUUGUUUUCACUAGCUAUAUUGUCUCAACCUGAAAAGUUGUGCUGUUUCAUGGGUUUGGUUGUUUUUUUUUAACUUUUAUUUAUAUCAACAUAUUUGUAAUAUUAUAAAUGUGUGCCAUUCUCGGAGGGGUUUAUCGCUUAUGUCUGGACAUUCAGAAUCUGUACAUCUUGAUAUGCACCAGGAGAAUGUGGGGGAAAGAAGCUGGUUUUUUGGUGGAUGUGAGUAACUGCCUGUUGUGGUUUCUGAGUUCCGCUCGCGUGAGAUUGAAGAAGAGUAUGUUAGUGACAAGUUUCGACCCUGUAUCAAAGUGGCUCCCAAUAUUUCAGUAUUAUCCCGGUCAAGUAAAGUACACAUAUAUAUGAUAUGUAUGAACGGAGGAAAUUUUAAUGUAAAUAGAAACCCCAGUCCUAACACCAGAAAAGAGUGUUUGAAAAACCAGUACGUGUACUCCGGAUGUUGGAAGAGUUCAAAAUUAUUGGGUCAUGGUUCAAAAUGGAGGUCACAAACAAAACUGCUUUCAUUCGUCUUCUACUUUCAUGCUCUCAGUUGUCGUCAUGAGAUAGUGUGAAGAGGUGAAGGAGUUCUUUUAACAGCAUCUCAUCAUCUUCGCUUCGGGAAACAAACAUUGUGAGCAAGGGUUGUGGCUGGGAGGUCAGUAUAUGAGUGAUGCGAUGCCAUCUAGGGUUGUUUCAAUUUUUUAUCUACUUCUUUUUCAUUCAGAAUGAAAAAAAAAUACUUUCGUCUCCGGUGCUUUCGUCAGUAGACCUGAUUAUUAUGCACCUUCCACUUUCGAGUAGAAGUAGAAAAAUGUGAAUGGACGGAAGAAUUUGGUGCAAAUAAGUUAAGUUGGUUGUUUUUAAAAAUUUAAAUCUUAAGGUAGGGUUGGUGAUGUGUUCAUUUUCUAUGGGAUGAUUUACGUAUGUUGGCUGAAAAAAAAUAUUGAAGUCGCUACUGCUGUGAAAAUAUUGCAAGGAUAUUUUUAUUCGAUACAGCAAAAAAUAUAUGUAAAAUGAUAAAUUUUUACUUGACAUAUGUGAACCAUAUCACUUUCUGCUAUGAUUCCUCCCAUAGCAAAUCAUUAUUGUGUGCUAUGCUAUAAUUUAUUUUUAUCUUGUACGAGUCAUUGGACCCAGCCAAAGAGUUGGUUAUAUUGCAAUUAAUAAUAUGUCGAUACUGCAUGAUUGGAUAAAAGAAACGUGAGGACAGCUGUCUUGAAGGGGUUUCUUUCUUUCUUUCUUUCUUUCUUUCUUUUUUUCUUCUGUCCCUUUUCCUUUUUCCCCCCCUCUUUCCCAUAUUCCCUUUCAGUUCCCUCCUUUUUUUUCUUACCCUUAUUUUUUUUAUUAUUGCUCUUCGGUUGUUGGAGAAGAAACAGCUUGUGUCAGUUACCUCUCCAGUUGUAUUAUUGUAAUUAUUUUUAUUAUCUUCACGAGUAUCAUCAUCGUCAUCAUUUGAAACGUCAUUGCCCCUUAAGUAUGUGUCUCUAAACACUCAGCAUUCUUUGGCAUCCAUGUUUGAAUCGUAUUCCGUUGUCUACGUUUAUCUGGACAACAAUAAGUGAAAACGAAAUGAGUUUUUUUUUUUUUUCACACUGAUAUUAUAGAGAAUUGGUGAAAUUUGUACAAAGUAGAUGGGUAUCUACAAGGAAAAUCAAGGGGGAGAAGAUGGUAUGAUUUUUUUUCCCCCCCUUUAAAAUCAAAAGUGACGAAUUCUCCACAAGUUCCAGGUACUCUUCAUUCCGUAUCUUGGAGAGGAAACAUUAUUGGUUUCUAGUUCUCCCUCGCACUGAAUUAAAAAGUGCUAACGUUCUGGUUGUCUAGUAUGCCAAAUAUUGCUUUGUGCGUUUUGCGAUCCUCCUACCUAAUCAGAAGAGGUUAUAUAAUUUUUUCUUACACCUUGCAAUUUCAAAUCAUAAUAUAUCACUUUUCCAUGGAACUGAGGGUUCGUUGGAGCUUGAAUUUUUACAGUUACACCUUCUUACCUUCUCGCACAUGCAUGUAAAGACACACAAACGGACACAUGCUGUGCGCACACAUUUAUAGAGACAUUCACAUAGAGUACACACACACACACACACACACACACACACACACACACACACACACACACACACACACACACACACACACACACACACACACACUCACAUAGAAACAGACAUACACUCGCCACACAUAGAGGUCCCGUAGACUCACACGCUCAAACAGAACAUUCAUAACACACACACACACACACACACACACACACACACACUCACACUCACACACACACACAAAUGCUCGCAGGCGGAUUAGUUCAUGAUUACACUUAAAAGAAACGGCAAGUAAUCACAAUUGUACAUAAUGAUUUCUAACCACUCAUGUAUAUCUUCUACGCUGUACAGAACACUUGGAAACAAAUCAUGCCAUAAUGAGCUCUCAACUACUUUAAUGUCAUUGCAUUUUUUGAAAAGUUCUUUUUAUUCUUA